UAUUGAAUACAAAUAUUGUGGGCAGGGUAAACAAACAGAGAAGAAGGAAAUAAAGCUAUGACUAUGAGUAUGCUUUCACGCUUUUGGGCUGGAAAUUGAGAACCACAAACCCCACCUUGCUACAUUCACCUCAUCAAACACACGUACUUAUACUUGCAUAUAUAUAACUAUAUAGAUAGAGUCUUAUCAAAUGGGUUCAUCGGAUCGAUUGUUUAAUCGGCAAAGAACUGUUCAUCAGAUCCUUGGAGGAGGAGUUGUUGCAGAUGUGAUGCUGUGGAGGCAAAAAAAUAUAACAGUGGGAAUACUAGUGGUAACUCUAGCUGCUUGGGUGGUAUUUGAGAGAUCUGGUUAUACAUUAUUAUCACUUGUCUCUAGUGUUCUCUUGCUCCUAAUUGGCAUUCUUUUUCUCUGGGCCAAAUCCGCAGCAAUUCUAAACCGUCCUGCUCCACCACUACCAGACCUAUACCUCUCAGAAGAAAUGGUGAAUGAAGUGGCAGCUUUCAUCCGUGAUCGCGUAAAUGCAUUGCUCUCUGUGUCCCAUGAUAUUGCCCUCGGCAAGGACUCCGGAAUGUUUUUCAAAGUAGCUGCAUAUCUUUGGCUAAUAUCUAUUGUUGGGGGCUUGACAGAUUUCCUUACACUAGGCUACACUAGCCUUGUUAUUGUUCUUACAAUUCCAGCACUAUAUGAAAAGUUUGAAGACCAUAUUGAUAGAUACGUAUUAAUGGGGUACAGGAAUUUGCAGCAGCUGUAUGUGAGAUUUGAUGAGGAGUGUGUUGGCAAGGUUCGAAGAUGGAUUUUGGAGAAAAAGAAAUUAAGCUGAGUUUUUUUUUUUUUUUUUUUGGCUGGCUUGUUUUUGGAAGACACAAAGGAAUGCUUAAGUUGGGUGUGACAAAGUUCUUCCUGAGCUUUUUGGGGGUGGAUUGCAAAAAUAAUUUUUUCGCUUCUGUAUCAUCAUUUUCAUGUACAGACGAAAUUGCUUCUGAAUGGAAGGUGCUUGUACCUGAUUUUAACACCCAGGGAGAUUUUUUUUUUUUUUUUUUGUAAUAUAAUUGAACUGAUAUUAUCAUUGUAAAAUCUUGUCAUUGGAUUUACUUUA